CACUACAAGAUUUUCUUGAACCGCACUCCAAACCACAUUCAUCGACAGGGCAUUGGACAAGGCUUGUCCCACAAGAACACUGGACUAUAAGCACUCGAUUGUGCAUUCUGGCUUUUAUCACCAGGCAUUUCCGAUUCCACCUUUUCCCCAGCGUUAACAUGACUAUCAGCGAGAACCGCAACAUUAUCAUCGUGGGCGUUGGCUCCCUCAUGACCAAAUCCCUUGCCCUCUGGCUGGCAAGCCUCGGAUGGAACAUCGCCCUGAUGUCCCGCUCCGAGCAGAACCCGUCAGCUAUCGCCAAGGAAGUGCGCGAAGCGCAGAAAAGCCCCGCGGCCUAGCGUCCACUACCACGGUCUGAACAUCCUCCUCCAUCGUCCAUUCAUCUCACGGCAGACACGCUCUCCACAGGCCGAUAAUCAAAGGGGUGUGG